AUGCUUAAUUUGUAUCAUAAAAGCAAGUAUGUGAUAGAGAAUGGUAGCAUCAACACUUUUUUGAAUAUGCCGGAUGAUGGUUUGUUUGUUGAGGAAAAGUUGUCAUAUGAGGGAUUGAUUAAUUUGGAAGAUAUCACUCAAGAAGAAAGAGAAGCGAGUUUGGAAAACGUGUUAUUUGGUGGUUUUCCUAGGGGGGAACGUGCUAGUACUUCUCAAAAUCGUGAUGAAGAGAGACCUUUAUUUGCACAAGAUGACUACCGGGAAGAGUCAGAUUCCGACUACAUAGCUCCAAAUGAAAGCGAAGAACACUGUGAUGUCUCCGGAGAGAAUGAUUUUGAAGAAAGUGAUGAUGAAAGGUUGGAAAAUGAGGAAAGGGAUUAUAAUCCAUUGCCUCGACGCCAUGUAUAUAGUAAGAUGGGGAAAUGGGAUGCCUCAUGUGUGGACAAGGAUGAGUUAGCUCUUAAGAUGUGGGAUGAGACGCCAGAACAAUUGUCUGCGAGAAAUUGCAUGACACCGACCCCUCCUGAGUUAUAG